GGAAGGGAAAUCGAAUGCCUUCUCUUGGGGGUCUUGGAGAGGGACAGAGGCGAGUGAGUGGGCUCAGUUUUUUAUCUCACUCUCAGACCCAUGCCUGCUCCACACAGUGCCCGUUGCGAGAGCGAGCACUCCACGCUGGGCUACCCGCCUAUACUCCUCUGAUAGUUUCCCAAAGCUGGUCAGUGGCCUUCCAAAUGGCUGCCCAAGAGACUCCACUGAGACGUAGAAAGAAAGCAGGAGAAACCUUAGUUCCAUUUAUUUUUAUCUCAUGCUUUACAAGUUUAUGUAUGUCCACAGGGCACGAUUGAAUCUGCUCAGUAGUAUAUUAUACCAUUUCCAUGUGGAUACACAUCUAUUUUGAAAGUGCACACUUAAGUUGUGCAUUUUGUCAAAGAGGGUAUAUAAUCAGAAAUGCUUGGAGAGGAAUGUCCGGAGGGUAGAGUUGAACCACUUAGCCAGCCCUUUACUCUCUGGCCUCCCUCAUCUUUCUGGCUUCAUCCUCUGCAGUUCUUCCCCUCUCCUCCCCUGUGACAUCAUUGCUCCAACACCACUCAACUUCCAGUUGCUGGAACAUGCCCGGCACUGUCACAUCAGCAUUGCUGGCUGUCUUCUGUCUAAGGCCCAUCCUUCCUUGAGUGCUCCCAAAUCCAGCUCCUCUUUGAAGCUUCCUCUGAUGCUCGCAGCAACUAGAGGGCUUUGUAGGCACUUUUAAUGGCCUAAGUCACUGUGCUGUGGUCAUUUGUCUAACUUGCCAGCAUGCUUGUCUAGACUAUAAGCCCCUUGAGGGUCAGGCCCAGGUCUUAGUCAUAUCUACAUCCAGAACAGAUUGAAGCCAAUUUACCCUGCCUCUCAGGGGGACAACCUGGGCACAGUGAGGUUAAUCAGUCUUCACAAGGUCGGGGCUGCUGACCCCACUAAUCAGCUUGAGCCUCCUAAUCCAUUGCCAGCAGGAAGCUCAGGACAGACAGCACGGCUUGUGAGAGCUGGCGGGGGCCGUUCUGGCCUGCUUCUGCAGACUCAGUCUGGGAGGGGAUGGGGCAGCUGUGCCAUGUGCACCACCCUCUUGCUGCUCAGCACGUUGGCCAUGCUCUGGCGCCGCCGAUUUGCCAACAGGGUCCAACCGGAGCCCAGUGGAGUAGAUGGAGCAGUUAUGGGCAGCAGCUUGGAAACAGACCUCCAGUCCUCAGGCAGGGAGAAAGAGCCUCUGAAGUAAGCCCUCACCUCUCCAUGUGGAGUUCAGCCCGGGGGACUGGGAUCAACUGGCUCAGGCAGCUCCUGUCCUUGGUUGCCCAGCACCCCAGAAAGAGGCUGUGGUGGGAGCACCGGCAGCAAGAGGGAGGAUGGGAAAAAGCAGAGAUGGGAGAAGGCAUGUGUUGAACCCAGGUGGGCUGUUGCUGAGGACAUACAUUUCUAACGACUACCCUCAGGAAAAGAUCUAGUAAGAUGAAGGGGAUGGACAAGAUGACCUCUGUGGCCCCACAGAUUGUCCCAAUCAAAAGAGACUGUAAUGGACUGUGUCUGGAGGUGCUUACAAAGACUCACCCACUCAACAAACUUUCAUGGAGUGCUUGUGUGCCAGGUACUACGGAUACAGAAAUGAAUUAAGACCUUCUGCCACAGCCAACCAGAAAACUGGGCAAAAUAUAAGAAACACACACUUGACAAGAGGGAGCACACAGGACAGUGACCCCAUGACUGCCUCGGUGUCUGUGGGGAAACCCAGCAGACUACAGUGGUCCAGUGGUGUUCCCAAGGAUUUACACCCAGAUCAAUGGAACCCAGAAACAGACACAACAAAGGUGAUUCAUCAGAGAAAGAAAAGUCCUUGUAACAGAAUACAAAAAAUGCUAACCAUAAUAGAAAAAUGGAUAAAUUUGAUUUUAUCAUCAUUCUUGGAAGACUGGGAGAAAAUAUUUGCCAAACAGCUAUCUCAGAAAGUUCCUGUAUCCAGAAUAUAUAAAGAGCUUCUACAAUUCAGUAAGACAGCCCAAUUUAAAAAAGGGUUUUAAUGGACAUAUCACAAAAAAGUAUACAAGAGGCUGAUAAUGCAUAGAAAGGUGCUCAAAAUCAGGGAAAUGCAAACCAAACCCCAGUGAGAUACUACUACACACCCAUCAGAAUGGUUAAAAUUAAAGACUGACGUUAACAGGUAUUGGCGAGGGUGUAGAGCCAUUGUAAGCCUGUGACGUGCUGCCAGGGGCAUAUAGUGUCACAACUGCUUGGGAAACCACUUUGGCAGUUUCUUAGGAAGUUACAUGUUAGGAAACAUAUGUCCACAAAAAGAAUUGUAUGAGAAUGUUCACAGCAGCUUUAUUAAUAAUAGCUCCAAUUGGAAACAACCAAAAUGUCCAUCAAUAUGUUGAGUGGACAAGUUGUGGUAUAUUCAUAACAAUGGAAUAAUAUUCAGCCAUGCAAAGGGAAUGAACUACUGAUGUAAGCCAUAACUCUGGGUAAUGGAGAAAAGCCAGAAAUGAAAGAGUACCUACUGCAUGAAUCAUUUAUAUGAACUUCUAGAACAGUCAAAACUAAUCUAUGGUGACAAAGCAGAUCGGCAGUCACGUGGAGCCAGGGGUAGAUAGGAAGACAGACUGUGAAAGGGCAUGGAGGUACUCUUGGGGUGAUGAAAGCACUGAAUCAUGACUGGUGCUGUGGUUACAUGUGCAUACCAUUCUCAGACUUUUGAACUGUAUAUUUUAAAUGGAUGAAUUUUAUUGUAUGUAAAUUAUACCUCAAAAUAAAGAUGACUUAAAAAGUUAAAAAAAACAAGAAUGAAAAUCUGAUCCUUGUCUUGCUCAUGGUCUAGUGGAAAAGCCAGACAUGAAAACAAAUAAUUAUAACUAGUGAGUAUUAUAUGAAGUAUGUUCAAAUAACAAGAGUCCAGUUUAUCGAGUGCCUCUCUUGUGCCAGGUCUGUGCUAGGUACUUUGCCUGCACAGUCUUGAGAUUCUAAGAAGCUCAGUGAUCAUCCCCAUUUUACAGAUAAGAAAAUGAAGCUUAGAGAGAGGUGAAGUCAUUUGCCCAAGGCUACUCAGCUAGAAUCGGCAGCGCUGGGACUUGACUCCAGGUCUGCCUGGUUGCAGAGCAUGUACCAAGCCAGCCUGCCACAGGAACACUGAGGAAAGAGCUCGAGGACUAUCUCAGUGUUUUGGGUAAGAUUUCAUAGAGGAGUCACUGAAGUAUGAGUUAGAAUUUGCUAAGCAGAGAAGAGGAUGAGGGAAAAGAAAUUUCAAGGCAAAGAGAACAAAGAACCUGAGCAAAGACCAUGCAAUAGUUGUGAGAACAGCGUUUCUGGGAAUGGGAAGACAUGUCCAGAAAAUAGCAGAGGAGUCAACCGAAUUUACAUAUUAUUCAAAUUCACUAAUUUUUAAAUGAUCCAUUAACUAAUAAUUCUGUGAGAGACAACAGGUCUGCAGAACAGACAAGUGAAAUGUGUGCCACUGGUAAACACAGGAAAAAAUCCACUGCUAUGCCAAGCCAUCUAUUUUCAAUAAGUAGGGUACACAUUGUUAUAUUUCUCCAGAAAGUUAAAAUUAUGUUCAGUGAUCCCUGGUUUUUGCUGAACGGUAUUUAUUGCAUUCUCUCAUGGUCCUGCGAAAUUGGAGGAAAAAAAAUCCUCUACAUUUUAUGAUGGGUUUUCUAGCUGGAUAAAUUAAUAUUCCUGGAGUUAAGCAAAACAUGUUCCACUGUGGUGUAUUUUUUCAGGAGACCAGCACAGUGAUUAAGAUAAUAGGUUUUGAGAUUGUCUGAGUUCAUAUCCCAAUGCUGCCACUUACUAAUUACUUUCACCUUUCCACACUAUGGCUUCCUCAGCUGCAAAACUGGGGGAUGAUAACAGGGCUGUUGUGAGAAUCAAAUGAGCUAGUACAUGAAAAGGUGCUUAGAUUCAUCAAGUUGUACACAGUAAAUAAGUACAGCUUUUUCUACGUCUACCAGACCUCAAUCAAGUGGUUUAAAAACGGAGAUGCUUAGAGUAGUGCCUGGCCCAGAACAGACAUUUAAUAUAUAUUAGCUGUUACUGUUUCGAAAGGUAAGUUGCACAUGUCAGUUCACUUUCUUUAUUUUGCCAUGACCCAUUCUUCCAGAGAAUUAUUAUUUAAAAAACAAAGAUGUAAACAAUGUCAGUCAUAUCAUUUAGGAUGAUUUUUACUCUAACUGAACACCCACUUUAAGAUGGCUUAAAGAGUGAGGAGAUUCCUUUUUCAAAUCUCACAUUCUGUAUUUCAUUGUAACUAAGAUGUCAUUGCUUGUAAGAUACUGCCUACAUUGAGAAAUAUUAAAAUGUAAAAAUGUGUGUCUCUGAAUCAAAUCGAAAGGUUUGAAGGAAGGGGGCUUCAGAACUGCUUAUUCAGCAGUUCAAGAGCAUCAGCAAGGACUCGUGUUCUCUCUUUCCACCAUGAGAUCACAGACCUCAGGCUCUUGCUUUGAAACAAGCCUCAUGGGUGCAAGAUGGCUGCCACAGUCCCAAGCAUCACAACUUCACAAUGUCCCAAAGCCAGAAGAGAUGCUGUUAUUUUAAAAAACAAGAGAACUAUCCCAAACUUGGCGGAAUUGCAUCACAUACUCUUUUCAGAAACAACUCUUGGCAAAAGGAAUAGAUUUAUCAUAUGGGUCUUCAGCAAACUAGUCAAGAUUUGCCCCUUAGGGCUGAGGAGGGGCUUGCCUCCUCUAAAGCACACAGCUGCCCAGUAGCAUUCCGUUCUCUUUGAAAGAUGCAGGAAAAACAGCUGUGGGGCUGGCCACCAAUAGUGCUUGCAUACAGACGAACAUCGGUGAAGCUGCUGUUACAACUGUUCCUGAUGUAAGCAGUCAACCUCCAGCAAUAUACCCACUCUGCUUCAAGUUCUUAUUACUAAAAUUAAAGAUUCCUUUCCAGGGGACAAAAUUAACCUCAGUAUUCCAAAGACUCUGCUUUCUAUUAAUGUGGGUUUCAGAUGUCACACCUUAAAUCAUAUUAGUGAAUGGAACUCAGUGAGCUGACCACUUGAACACAGCAGGCCAGCUGACUAGCUGUCCCCUUGGCACUCAGAGCCAAAGUCCCUGAACAGCGCUGGAGUUCCAGCCCUGUUCAGCUUGUGAUCUACUUCUGUCACUUACCACUAGACCAUGUGACUCCUUCCCUGCGAAUAAACAUAGACCUACACUAGCUUUGAAUAAUGGUCAUAUAAUUCGAUCCCGUGUAAAACGCGAAAGUUAUAGACUUCACCAGCAAUGAGUGCAAAUGAAAACACAAUAUUAAUACUUCAGUAUCAACAGCUCUGAACCCUUACCUGCUCCUUCAGGAACUCGGAUGCACUCUCUGAAAUCUUUGCUAGUAAUUUCUGGAUUGCCUAAACAGUGUACCUGACAUGUGCUCAGGCACAAGACCUCUAAUUACAUUUUGCUCCAGCCUCUUGGCCACCUCCCAGCAACCAGUGACAGCUCCAUCCGCUGUGAGCCUGUUGCUGCACCAGGUGCCCUGUCAGGCAUGAAAACUACACUGUGGCCUAUGGCACAGCAGCCCUUCUCAAGCUGUGAAGAAUGGCCCUCACUCCACACUGAGUGGCAACUAGUCUGCAUCCCAAGACAGCCCUGCUACAGCCCAGAGCCACACAGGCUUUCACUCAU